AACUCAUUUUAAAACCUACUUUUCCUAGAUAAUCAAAAAACAUCAUUUCUCAUUUUAUUAAUAUUUUUAUCAAUUAAGUAUCGAGAGAGGACCAUUCAGAUGCAGAUUGUUUGAUUCUCUGUUUUAUUAUCAUGAAAAUAGACCAGCGUUUAUCAGCUAAAGAUGACUCUUUUAAAAUUGAAACUCUUUCCGAAUAUUUCAACUCAAAGAAAUGCCCUUCAUUGGCUGGGAAGCCGAAAAUGUGUUUCGUUCAGGCAUUUCCCUAUUUAAAAGACAAGAAUAUCGAGAUUGAUGACGACGAAGUAUCAUGCUUUUGGCUUGAAGAAAAGGGUCUAAAUUUCGAAAUCUCCAUGUGCCCUGAUUUCUUCUUUUCAUAUUCUCGAGUCUCUUACAUGCAAACUUUAGCAAAGAAUAUGUACGAAUUUGGCUCGAAAUUAUCAAUACUCGACGUCUUUCUAAAGAUCAAUCAUGAUGUCGCUUUAGAAUUGGGACCUUCUGAUGAAGAUGAGGAAGGAGCAUUUGUAACGAAUUUAUUUACACUAAGUCGACGACUUGUUCUCAAGCCAAAGAACUGAUUCCUUAACUUCAACAGAUCAUAACCAUUGGGGUAUUUUUAUUCAACGAUCAGUGAAAACUGUUAACAUAGUAGAAAGUGCCACUUUUUUGAUUAUCUAACUUUCUCAAUUUGAUUCUUAAUUAACAUGAAUAUUCAAAAAUUUGAGAUAUGACGAACAUAUUAUAAUAAAUGUGAACAGAAAAAAUUAAUUCCCAAUUCAAUAAAAAUCUACAAUUUUCACUUCAAUUGCUAUUUCUAGACUAUUUCCGAGAUGAAAAUCAUUCAUAAUACAGCCACGAAAAAUGAGACGAGAACAAAAAUUGUAUCAAUCGCGCAUAGAGAGAUAAUUUUCGUGAAAUUACAAUCUUUGUACCAUUAACUGAUUUCGAUAGCUUAUUGCAAACAGAAGGUUCGACAAUUAGUUGAUCUAUUUUUUCUUUCAAAUUUUUCGUAACUUCACAAAUCAAAGUUACCCAGAAGAACAAAGUUCUUCAUCGGUUAAUCUGAUCUACGAUGACCAGCAAAUUAAUUAUCGUCAAUGUUAACGUCAAGUAAAUUGUUUUCAUAAGGAUAUCGAAGAAAAGCAAAAUGAUGAUUACGAUUUUAUCUUUUCUCGAGAGACUGUAAUUACCCCUUAUUUGC